AUGGUUGUCAAGAUCCGUCUCGCUCGCUUCGGGCGUCGAAACCAGCCCUUUUACAACAUCGUUGUUGCCCACGCUCGCACGGCUCGUAACUCCCGCCCGCUCGAAGUUAUUGGCACAUACGACCCGAUUCCCAAGACAGACCCUUACGACAACUCUGGAAAACUUCACAAGGACAUCCAGCUCGAUAGAGCACGCGCCCGGUACUGGAUCGGUGUUGGUGCACAGCCUACGGACACAGCAUGGCGGUUACUCUCCAUGCUUCAGAUUCUACCAAAGAAGGAAUUCGGCCCCAAGAAGGACGAGAUAAAGGGUGUUGUGCAGAAGGAUCAGGUCCAGAUUCGCUGA